CAGCUAGCAUAAAUAAAGCUACCAUCCCCAUAAUGCAUAGCAUCAGUGGCGCGCUCCACGAUUCUACCUGUUCAGUGACGAGGGUGGUUUCCAGACACUGGUUUUUCUGUGAAGCAGUUAAGCGGCUGCGUGGGGAUCCGAGGGCGCGACUGACAUACGCGCGAAAGUGGAAAAGGGAAUGGUCACUGAAAAUGAGGGUGUAGCGCGUUACGGUUGCCUCCAUACACAUAUUUGGAUUCGUAAACCGUACAGUAACCCACGUUCUUAUCAUAGCAUGCGCUGCGGCGGUCGGUGGGUAUCUUUGUUGCUAAGGACAAAUUGCGCUGGCCAAUUGAGAAGGCCGUCUAUGGAUGACAUGAAGUCCUUAACUGUUGGCUUCGGUAGGCGGGUAUGUCUCAGUAGGCGUCUCGCAGACAAUCCAUUCUACAUCGACCUCCCCUGGUCAUUCUGCAUUGGUCAACGACCCGAGUCCCCGAUCAACACGCAAGAUAGUGAGAGUGUCAUUUCCAAUGUAACGCCAUUUGAAAUCGACGUUAUCCCGCACGGACCUUGCGAAGUUGUGAGAAAUGAAAUUGCGUACUGA